AAUCUUGAUCGUACUGACAGUUUCGGCAACUUUUAAAUGUCGCAGUUCUUUUGAAAUCGGACCUUUUUAUUUCGAUCUUUAAAUUAAGAAGAAGAAAAACCCGAAGGGGAUCCGAUCCGAAUCUCCAAAAGGUUUCACGAUCAAAAAGAUUGGGGCAGCUCUACUCAGGUUUUAGGGUUCUAAAUAAUCUCAACGGAAUUACGCGCGAAAAUAUGGAUUAUGAUGGUCAAAGAGGAUCAACAACGACACCGUCGGCGAUGCUGGCUUCUCUGCUUAAUAGAAGAGCCAAGCUUCAAGAAGAGCUUCGAAACAUCGAAAGACAAAUGCAGGUGUAUGAUAUGGAAACAAGUUAUUUACAGGAUCCCAGCCAAUGCGGCCACGUUUUGAAAGGUUUUGAGGGAUUCCUCUCUUCAUCCAAGAACACUGCGCUCUUAAAGAGGUCCAGGAAGUUCCAGCCUGAAGAUAGGCUGUUCUCGUUGUCUUCUGUCACUUCACCUGCGGCUGAAGAGGUUGCUGCUGGCAGAGAUGGUGAGCCUGUAGCAUGUAGGUGCAUCAACAAAUAUCCUUUCUUGAUGUUUCAUUGUUUGUUGUUCCUUUGUGUUUGGCAGAUGGGAAAUCGUACUACGGCAGCGCAGGUCGGCCUAAGGGUGGAGGUUACUUUGCCGGUGGGCAAGGAAAGCCAAAGAAGGGAAGAGCUAGAGAAGCUAAGCGACCGAGACACUCUAGUGAACCAGAUUUCGACUAUGAUGAUGAUCCCGAUGUCAUAUUUUGAAACGAAUUUCGAUAGGAUGAAUUACUUCUCGGCCUCCCCCCAAGCUUUAAUGCCUGAUUUUAGAUUUGUCUCGAAACAAUGUGCACCGAAAGAUGUUAUUUACAGGAUUUUGAACAUUACUUUUUCUAGAUGAUCAAACUGAAUCAGCGGUACAUUAUUUACAAUGUCGAAUAGCAGAGUAAAUGAACUUGUAAAGUUCAAAGCUGCUUCUCAGCAAGUUUCAAACAACUAGCUUC